AUGGAGGAAUCAAAUAUUGAUCCAUUUGGAUUUUUAUUAAAUUAUAAUAAACUAUAUUUUAAACAAAAAUCAAGACACUCUAUGUGGUAUCAAUUCUUUUGUCCCAUAGAGUUACAAUUUAAUGUUUAUGACUCUAAUAACAAUGUUAUUUUAAAAGCAAAAGAAAAUGAACAAUCUAAAUCUAAUUUAUUUUUUUGUAAUACUAAAAGAUCAUUAAAAAUGUCAAUCACUACACCAUGGAAUGAUCAAGAAAUUUUAAAAAUAAAAAGAAACUUUCAUUGUUUUAGUAAAGGUUUUUUAGGAUGCUGCUGCAUCGAAUCUUGUUAUCAAGAUUUUAAUAUUUUUAAUGGUAAAGAUACAACCAAUGCAGGAAAUAUUAUAGGAAGAAUUAGAGAAGAUUUUUCAUGUUGUGUCCCUAAAUUUACUGUUUUUGAUGAAGAUUCAAAUCCACAGUUUAGUAUAAUAGGAGAGUUUUGUAAUAUGUGUAAAAGCUAUCACUACACUCUUGGUAUUUAUAAAUAUAAUGAAUAUAAUAUACUAAACGAUGUAGAAGAAGUUGGUACAAUUUAUAAAGAUUUUUCUGGUUUUAAAGAGUGUGUCUCUGAAUUGGAUAACUAUACCCUAACAUUUCCACCAGAUUCAAAUGGUAAACAAAGAAUAUUGUUUGUUGCAUGUACAAUUUUUAUUGAUUUAAUGUUAUAUAGUUCUGGAAGUAAUGAUAAAUCAUCUUUUGCAAAUUUACAAUAA